AUGCUGCUGAAGAAAUGGGCAGGCGACAAAAUAAUGCGGGGCGUAGUGGAAAAUGAUGCAGGUGUUUGGCUGCAUCCCGCAUGGGUGAACAUCACUAGCAGCGGUCAACUAUUGUUGGGCAAUUCAUAUUGGAAUCCACAUCUACAGAAGCAAGCGUGUAAUCGAACUUACGAAGUCGAGCAGUUGAAAAGCUUGAUUUGUGCACGGAUCGACUUGACAAAUGCUGCUACUUAUGCCAUUACUCAUACUAGAGUGCCAAGUUUCCGAAACGGAAUUUGCUUAAAUGCUGAGAAAUUGAUUGAGAAGUUACUGGAAUAG